AUCCCCAUUUUAUAGCAGUAAACCCAGGUGGCGUACACCACGUCAAAAUAACUUAAAUGUGUUUAUUACCCUACUUUUAUCGUUUAUAAUUUGUAAACAUCUACUGCGUCUGAUUAAUAGCUUUAAUUGUUAGGUAAAGGUUACUUUAGUAGGUGCUACAGCAUCCAUUUAGUUUGUACGAAGUAUAAGUUUGGUAUUAUUAAUUUACUAUAAGAUGGCACGUUCUAUAAUCAGGAUGUCCCAUACGCAUAGCCACUACCGGGCCAGCUUGAGUCAACACUCAAGGUCCAUAAGCCAGUUCGUCAGCUCGGAUAUGGAUGAAUUGUCCGAUGAUGAACUGCUUAAAAUGGUAAAUGACAUAAAACGUCAAAUUAAAAUCCUGUCCCUAGAGAAUGAGGUGAUCGAAAAGACAAUCCUACGGGUCGAUCCUGGAUUAAUGCACGGUGUUGCACAGGCUUUGGAAUAUGCCAUCAAGCUGCAGAGCACCUCGUCUUUGAACGUUGGCAGUUUUAAGUCAGGAACGGGUUCCAGGGUACUCAUGGGCUCAAUAACCAGCCCUUCAAGACUCUUCAUGAGUCCGUCAAAAGCUUCAACAAUAUUCAAACGCGUCGAGUCAUCAGGAAAAGUCACUGGGACCAUCAUCUUUGGUUCAGGGCCCAGAGUGAAUGUCAUGGAGCGAUCUGAACUAGUUUCAAAUGAAAUGGAGAUUUUAAUACAAAAUUUAGAAAAGAGUAGGCUGAGAGCUGCAAGGCAACAUGCAUUGCUGAAAGCGCAGUUGGAAGAGAUUAGUAUAAGGAUGGUGGACGUUGAGAAAGCAACUGAGGUAUUUAACCAGCAAGUGAUUAUUGAAGGUUGGGACAAAAUAGCCCAAAGAAUCCCAGCUGAAAUUUGGGUGAGAUACAUGGCCGAGUGGGUGAAAAUUUGCGACAGUAAAAUAUCAAAAUUGAGACUGCGGACAAGCACAAUGAACUCACAGUAUUCAAAACUAAAAGGACAGAUUAAAAUAAAAGCUGAACUGAGCGAGAAUUUGAGACCAGUGGAUUUUGAACAGACCAAAAUUGAGAACUAUGAGCUAAGUCUCGCGAUUGAUCACAAGCUAAAACAACUAGUGGAACUAAAGAAGAUGACCGGUGAUGCCAAUUUGAAUCUGGCGAUUCAUAAAAAGGCAUUGAUGGACCAGAACGCGUACUUGGAUAAGGUGCGGAAAGAUAUAAAGACGAAAGAAAGAUUGACUAUCGAACUUGAUAGCGAAAGGAAUAAAAUUGACGAACAGGUAUGUAAGUUUAAUGUAUAA